CUUCUUCAACAACCUGAACUAAUUGAGUCCCCAUCGAUGAUGGGUCAUUGUUUAUGAAUACAUUUAUUUAAUAAUAAUAAUAAUAAAUGUGUGCAAACUGAUGAUCAUGCACACACAUAUAUAUAUAUAUAUAUAUAUAUGCAUUUCAAGAAAGAGAUAGAUAGAGACUAGAGAGAGAGAAAGAGAAAGAAAGAGAAAGUGGGGUUUCAAGUCAAUGGGAAGUACAUACAGGAUAUGUGUGUGUUUCACGAGGAAAUUCAGGAUCACAGAGGUUGAACCACCGCCGGACAUUAAAGAGGCUUUUACUAACUACUCCAAUGGCGGCGCUCACAUGACAGCUGACCAGCUCCACCAGUUUCUCCUCGAUGUUCAGGGAGAAUCCGCAUCCACGGUCCCCGAUGCCCAGCGGAUCGUCGAUCAGAUCCUCCAGAAGCGCCACCACAUCGUCAAAUUCACCCGUCAUGGACUCACUCUUGAAGAUUUUCACUACUUCCUCUUCUCCGCCGAUCUGAAUCCACCAAUUCGACCUCAGGUCCACCAUGAUAUGAAUGCUCCACUGUCUCACUAUUUCAUCUAUACUGGUCACAACUCUUAUUUGACCGGAAACCAACUCAGCAGUGAUUGUAGCGACGUGCCGAUCAUUAAUGCGUUGAAAAGAGGCGUUAGAGUAAUCGAACUGGAUUUAUGGCCUAAUUCCUCCAAAAACAAUGUAAAUGUGCUACAUGGAAGGACACUUACUACUCCUGUGGACCUAAUGAAAUGCUUGAAGUCUAUUAAAGAACAUGCUUUUACGGCCUCUCCUUAUCCAGUCAUAAUAACCUUGGAAGAUCAUCUUACACCAGAUCUUCAGGCCAAAGUAGCAAAGAUGCUUACACAAGUAUUUGGGAAGUUGCUUUUCUACCCUGAAACAGAAUUUCUGAAAGAAUUGCCUUCACCAGAAGAGUUAAAACACCGUUUUAUCAUUUCCACCAAACCUCCUAAAGAGUACCUUGAAGCUGAAACUUUCAAUGGAAAUAAGUCUCAGAAAGACAAGGAUUCUGAUGAGGAUGUUUGGGGAAAGGAGCCUUUGAAACCUGCUGACAAAGAUAUAACUAGUGUUGUUAAGGGCAAGAGCGGGGAAAGUCAGGAUGAUGAAAAAGACGACUCUGAACAAAUUUUACAGUCAUUAGAACCUCCUGUUUACAAGCGUAUUAUAGCUAUUCAUGCGGGAAAACCCACAGGUACACUAAAGGAAGCCCUUGAAAUUGAUGUUGAUAAAGUAAGACGGCUUAGUUUGAGUGAACAAGCACUUGAAAAGGCUGCAGAAACUCAUUGGAUGAAUGUUGUAAGGUUCACUCAAAAGAAUCUUCUUAGAAUUUACCCAAAGGGUACACGGUUUAACUCGUCCAAUUACAAGCCAUUGCUUGCUUGGACUCAUGGAGCUCAAAUGGUUGCCUUUAAUAUGCAGGGUUAUGGUAGGUCUCUGUGGUUGAUGCAUGGAAUGUUUAGAUCCAAUGGAGGCUGCGGUUUCGUCAAGAAGCCUGAUUUCUUGAUGCAGAUAGGACCAAGUGGGGAGGUGUUCAACCCCAGAACAAAGUCGCUUGUAAAGAAAACCUUGAAGGUGAAAGUAUAUAUGGGUGAUGGGUGGCAUUUGGAUUUCAAACAAACACACUUCGAUAGAUACUCCCCACCUGAUUUCUUUUGCAAGGUUGGCAUAGCGGGAGUGUGUGAUGACGUGAGGAUGAAGAAAACAAAGACAAAAGAGGACAUGUGGACACCUGUCUGGAACGAAGAGUUUGAAUUUCCGCUAACUGUUCCUGAAUUGGCUCUACUUCGGAUAGAAGUACAUGAACACGACAUGGAGAAGGAUGAUUUUGGUGGGCAAACAUGUCUGCCUGUUUCGGAGCUAAGGCAAGGGAUCCAUGCGGUUCCUCUCUUUGGUCAGAAAGGAGAGAAAUACAACAAUGCUCGUCUUCUUAUGUGCUUUCAGUUUGCCUAACAAGCCAUUUCCUUAAAAUCCCACAAGGAUGUUUCUUUUCUCCAUGUAUGUCCCCUGUAAUUUGUGUUUCAUGAGAGAGCUGUAUCGGUUUCAUUUUUUUUUCAUUUUUUGUAUGUAUUUACAUGUAUUAUUUUGCAUCUCCAUUUGGCCUUUUCUUGUGUCUAGAUCCAAAAUGUAUUAUUGUACCAUUCAAUUUUAUAUAUUCAUUUGUAAUUUA